UCCUGAUCCAUGCUUUUGUAAUCCACUAUAGCCAAGAUACAAUUUACUACGAGUACGAUCACUACUUCAUGCCGAUACAUGGUGCUGUCGACUGCAUAGAUUCCUUUGCGUGCGACUCGCUCUUCAAACUAAGACAGAUCUACAGCAUGGCUGACUACAGUAAUUUGACGAUCUAAGGAGCCGAACUUCUUUCAGAUGGUGUCAAGCAGGCAACUGAUCUGCUUUUGACGAGUUGUAACACACACUGACUAGCAUUUUUAUUUUUGCCGGAGUUGCCACUAGGAUCUAGCUCUAGGUCUCCGGCUUGUUUUUACGCCAGCAUGCGAGCCACAAAGAUCUAAUUUCUGGCACACGCCUACCAUAGCAACUAUGCCCAAGAGGUUCAUGACCUCACAAACUUGUAUGAGCUCUCAUGAAUUGAAAAUCCAAUUGCCAGCGGGACAACUCCUUUUUCUGGCGUUCGUGACAACUCAUUUUUUCUGUCCCCUCCGUCUUGUUCUUAUCCGCUUUCCGAUAAUAAAAAAAGCUUAGAAAAAUGGGUUGCGGCCCUAGCGAAGAGGAAGGCCCGGUCCAUUUUGGGGGCCGGGAUGACGACGACGCCACACGCACGAUCCAGCUUCGAGUGUGUCUUGUUUGUCAAGAUCCGGUUGACCCUCUAAAGGACAACGCUCCGGCACCAGCGGCAGUCAGUUGUGGAUACGUCUGUUCGCAAAAUCAGCAUAUUUACUGUUGCCGCUGCCUGGUGGAGCACGUCGGAACAGCCCCGCUGCAUGAAAGGGGAGUCCACUGCUGUCGUACAACCUGUCCUGAAGGGAUUUUCGAUCACGAGCACAUCGCUAAGGCGUUCGGACAGGUCGCGAAAACCGACGAUCCCACCGCGCCAGAAGUGCCGAAGAAACUCGAGCAAUAUUUUGAGCGGGUAUCUUCCAGGCCAGCAACGCUGCAAAGCGAAGACAAGAAGAAAUUGGCUGAUGCGAAGUUGCUCGCUGAUUCCGCGUUGGAAUGUGUCGCACCGCGCUGCCCAAAGUGUAGGAGUCUGAUCGAUCAGAAUCCUGACGGAUGUCGGGCCUUGACAUGCGACCAGCCGCGCUGCGGUUGUCACUUCUGCUUCCUGUGCUUCCACGUCUCCCCGGACUCAGCGGCGUGCCACGCCCAUGUAGGCCGUGUCCAUGGCGAUGUUUUUGCAUCGAAGGCAGUGGUAGAGGUGGCUCACCGGGAGUGGAAACGUGAGCAGUUUUUGGCUUUUUUGCGAAAACAUCAAGAUGCGGUGCGGCCUGUGGCAAACGAGUUUGUUCGUCUGGUGUGCGAGACCGCGAUGGACUUCGGCGUCGAGAAAGCGAUGAUUUUUCGCGAAGUGGGUGUAGAGUGUAGAGACAGACUAGCGGAACUACACGCGGCGGCAAAGGUUGCUGGGGCUGCUGAGCUGGGCGAGAUCGACAUGAUCGGACGUAGCCGAUGGUAUUUGACCGUGGCCAUCUGGAUCAUGUUGGGUUUUGCGCUCGCUGCGAUGAAGACUUCUGAUUACUUCUAAGCUACGGAAGGUGUUGUCAAACGCUAAACGUGUCUAACGCCUGCCCGCCAGGAGGUACGUACUGCCACAUCCAACGAAGUAGUUCCAACGAGAGCGACUCAGAUUACAGAGAAACAAUCCUCCUCUCUUACUUUGUAAAGCGGAGGACUCAUUCCAACGAGAAUACAUAGCUUGACCUUGAACAGUUUCAUAGAUCUCUCUGCUGUAUUUCGAUCCCAACUCAUUCGUAUUCAUCCAGAAAAACAAACGAAGUAGAAACUGCUACUGCACUAAGUGACUUUGAUCAGAGCCUUAAAACAAAACAUGGCGACGCGAUUCAUGUCCGCUUUUCGUAGCAUGACGGCAUGUUGUGCACAGUAACAGAUGAGACCAGAACUUGACGCUGUAGUGGCACGGAAAUCGAUAAAAAGAGUAUUCAUCUACGCCCAGAGUCUCGUCAAUUUUUAGAUCAGAUUUCAUAAUUGCC